UAGUGAAAUGCAGUGUUAUAAUCAUGGUAUAUUGAAUUCAUACAGAAAGAAUGUUUCACCAACAGGUGAUAAUGAUAACAGCUUAGACCCUACCUGUAGAUAUGGUGUAUUUUAAGGCUACGAUAUUGCUUUAAAUAAAAAAACGUAAUUACAAUAAUGAUCUAGAGAUAAACAGGACUGGAAAAAGAAUUCAGAAAAGGUCUGAACAAUCUUUUACUUUCUAUAGAAUUUUUUUAAUUGAGCACAGCGUAAACGUGCCUCUCUCUCCUAAGGCUGCGACAACUCUUGAUUUCAAACGAUAAGACGAUAGAUAUCCGACUAUAGUAUCUCUGAUCAAGAGGUGUAGUCAUAAUAAACACAGAUAGACAGUUAACUAUCUUGGUCCUCUUAUUUGAUCCACACAAAAGGUGACAGAUACGCCAACUUGUAUUAAAUCUCGUUGCCAGAAGACACCAGAAUUAUUAGAAAAACCAACGCAUACUGACUGUACAUUUGCAGGAAAGGGAACCAAGGUGCCAAGAUGCCAAUUUCUGAUGUGCAUCCAUUUAUAUAUUCUACAGUGGUUCUGAAAAACUUAAAAGAAACGCGUAAGAGCGCAUUACCAUUUUAACACAGUUGAUAUUUUGGCUUUUUGAUUUCGGGCUAUGGAUAUCCCGUUAAGUAGCGGUGGUAAAACUAGUACUGACUCACGCAGAAAAUCAGGGAUGCGGACUCGUUUUUUAACGAAUUGUAAUGGCUCCGGAAUGGCAGGACUGACGCUGGAGGAAAAACUCCUCGAUCUUGAGGGCCAGGAAUUCAGAGCAAAAACCGCCAUUGAGAAAGAGACGAAAGAAUUGCGGAAACAACUCGCGAAGCUUACGCGAGACAAGAGCGUCCGCGCCGUUGAUCAAAUGAGGGAAAUCAAAAGAAGGAUUGUCCGCAGGGAUAAGCGUGCGCUCUUAUUUGGUCAAAGUACGGAGCACAUUUCUGAGAACGGUCACGGAAAUUUCUCAGAUGAUAAUCGAGCCAGGGACGUUUCUAAGCCUAUGGUGGCCCACGACAAUAAGAUGACCGCUUACGGUGGGAAAAACGUCACAUAUAAUUAUACAAUGCCGAGGAACCAAGGCAGUGACGACACUAUUUCAGACAAGAAAGUGCAGAAGGGGAGAUAUAUUCGUGCUCCGGGAUUCGCUGGUUUCUCCCGUACCGAAGUCAGUAAACAGUAUGAAUUGAUUCGUGAGAAGCAGAGUGUUAAUCAAAUUAGCUAUAAUCGACUCACUAACGACGGUACCCCUACAAAUUCAGCUAAGCAACAGCAUUGGGCAGCUCCUAGAGAUGGCACCGAAGAACAAAAACCUCAGGAAAAUGAGACUGGUACGUCCAACUCAGCUGAGCUUAACGACAAAUUAGGGCCCACGGCAAAUCGGGACACUGUUACAUUAACAAAGAGUAACACCAAUCGCUCAGCGUUUUACCAAGAAAUAGACAAAUCGUACAUAGACUUCUUGAGUAAGAACAGAAUCUAUCCCCAAAGAAGCUUCAGCACCCCGGAUGUGUCUGACACUGAACGCCCUCUCAUUACGCGCUCUCACUCCCUCCUUACUCCAGCAAGGGUGACGAGAUACCUGACACGUAUUCGUAAAGAAAAUACCUGGACUCCUUCUAGAUCUAUGACGUCAUCAUUGGGAGCUACUCCAAGAGCUAUGACGUCACCAUUAAGAGCUAAGUCAUCACCGUCGACGUCAUCGACAACCAGGUCUUUGGAGAUGGACGAGAGUGCUACCAAGAGUCAGCUUGGGAACCGUCCCACUGAGAACAGAGCUCAGUUCAGUGGCUCAGACAUAGUGACCCUACCACGAGUUACAAACCUGUCUUCCGCAACAGGUGCCAAGGGGAGCCUUGUAAAAAAGCCACCGUCGCUUAGGAAGGGUGCUAGUGCCAAACGUGUCAUAUUCAGACUGGAUAAGAAUGAAACCCGUAUCGCCUCUCGGACGGACUCCCCCGAUGACACACUGGUUUAUGGCUCUUAUCCGGGGACUCCCGUCUCUUCCCCAGCGACUGCCGCCCACCAAACCUCCAUAGACGUUUAUACUAAGACCACCAACUGGCUUAAACAGCUAGAUAACUCCAAAGUCGAAAGUAAGCACGAUAAUUUUACAAAGUCCCAAUCUGACGCUACAACUGCGUCAGAUCCGGGUGCCGAGGAAACCGGAAGUGACGUAGAUAGCGUUGCGUCACUUAAUCCACUUGAUGAUCCGGAUUACGUUUGGGACGAGGUCAGAAAGUGCCGGUAUAUUCGAGGAUACGAGCCCCUCAAUAUGCGUCUUCCAGAUCAAAACAUACAGAGUUACGUUUUUGGUAAGACUGAUGUUUAGAUUACUGGUACAUGUG